AUGCAUACUGUACAUGCAUACUGUACAAGGCACAACGCUAUGUAUCACAGACCACUAAAAUGGAAGGAAGGCUGCCAACCUUGUGACGAUGCUCCACAUGAAAGUCAUGGGCAUGAUGAGGUGAACAUCGACGUAAUCCAGCCAAAGACUUCUGAGGAAAAUGAACAAAGAAGUGAAAAAGCAAAAAAGAAAGAAGAAAGCAAGGGAUCAGCUCAGAUGUAUACUCCGGGACGCUCGCCAGCAUCAAGAUCAAUUGAUAGCACCUCGCUGACCAUAGUAAUUGCCUUGACAGCUUUCCUGUCAUCUCGAUAA